UAGAUAUAAGUAGGUUUCGUUAACUGGACCUGGGCGCUCCCCAACCCGCAAGAACAAUGGCCAAGAGAUCAGCAGCGCCCAUACCGAAAACCCACGAGCGCGCUGUAGGUCCCAGGGGUCAGGAUACCAAGGGCAACAAUGACCUGUUCCUGAAGGAGGUCUUCAAUACCACCAAUAAAUACCGGGCAAUGCAUGGUUGUCCCGCCUUAACCAUUAAUGCUGAGCUCACUAGAAUGGCUCAAGAGUGGGCUAAUCACCUUCGUGAUGAUAACAUAAUGGCACACCGAUCCAAUCCCAAGUAUGGCGAAAACAUCUUCCUUUCGGGUGGAAUGGAUGUGACCGGGGACUUACCUGUGGACAUGUGGUAUCGGGAAAUCAAUAGCUACGACUUCAACAAGGCUCAAUUUGUACCCACUGCAGGACAUUUUACACAGCUAAUCUGGAAGUCCACAAAGGAAAUGGGUUCGGGUGUGGCGCGAAGAGCGGACAGAACGUGGGUGGUCUGCAAUUACAAUCCGCCCGGCAAUGUUGUGGGUUUAUUCAAGGAUAAUGUGCCUCCUAAACAGUGAUGACUUGAUAUAUUUAUCCAAAUCUGAAGAGUAAUAAUUUUUAUUUAGAUCUUUACAAA